UUAUUAGUAGUUGCGCUCUUGCAUCAAAUGUCCUGAAAAGCAAAGCUGCAAAAGGUAGAUCAUUUGUUUAUGUCUCAUGCAACAUAUUUAAUAUGAUCAAGUAAAAACGUACAACAAAAAUGCACAAAGCUUAGCUAGCUAGCUAGGUAGUUUUGUCUAUAUAAAUCCAAAUUAGUUAGCCAAAGCUCAAAAUCUCCAAACCUCUCUAGCUGUUCCCUCACUUUUCUUUAAUCUAAGUUAAAAACAAAAUAUGCUGUCGUCGAAAGAAGAAAGAUCGAUCUAUGACAUCAAGAUAUCAACUGUUGGACCAGGCUAUAUCUCGGGUCAAGGUGCGGUUCAAGAGCUGACCAACAUGGACCUAGCCAUGAGGCUUCACUACCUCCGAAAUGUUUACUACUUCAAAAGCCAAGCAUUUGAAGGGUUAACCAUCAUCAAUAUUAAGGAGACCAUAUUCUAUUGGAUGAACAACGCCUUCAUCCCUUGUGGUCGUUUAAGGAAGUCUGACUCAUCAGGCCGGCCUUAUAUCAAGUGCAACGACUGUGGGGUCCGGUUUAUUGAGGCUCGGUGCAGUAUGAGCCUCGAUGAGUGGCUUGAGUCAAAAGAUGAUGCCAGACAUAAGCUUCUUGUUCCUAACCAAGUCCUUGGUCCUGACUUGCUUUAUUCUCCUCUAGUUUUGAUGCAGUUAACAAAGUUUCAAUGUGGAGGCACAUCCGUCGGAGUAAGCUGGUCACAUGUUCUUGGAGAUGCUUUCUCAGCUACUAGCUUCAUGAACCUGUGGGGCCAAUCCACUAGGAAAAUAUAUCCAGCCCAACCACUUCGGAUGGUCCAUUCAGUGAAUGAGGCCCAUAACUCAAAAACUCCAAAAACAGACCCUCUUGCUGUAAAAAGGGUUGGCCCGGUUGGAGACCAUUGGGUCACUCCAAAUGACACAAGUAAGGAAACAUAUUCUUUCUAUCUUUCUUGGGCCGAAAUGACUAGUUUGCAGUCAAAGAUAUGUGGAGAUAAAAACCAUCAACAAAUUCCACCAUUCGAGUCGAUUUGCACUGUGGUAUGGCAAUCUUUAGCCAAGGUUAAACACGGGUCGGUUGUCAAUGUUGUGACCAUCUGCAAAAAAGAUCCGAAACAGCCAAGUGAGGGGGUAUUCACAAACAAAUCACAAACCAUUAAGGUGGUGAAGACAGACUAUUCUGUUCCGGAAUCAAGCCCUAUGAAGCUCGGGCUGCUGAUUAUGAAUCAAGCCGUGGACGAGGUGAAAAAAAUUGAGGAAGCCAUGGAAUCCGAAAAUGAUUUGUCUGACUUCCUGGUAUAUGGAGCAAAUUUGACUUUUGUUGACUUGCUAUACGUGCCACUUUAUGAGCUUGAUAUACGAGGACAAACGCCCGUUUAUGUAAACUGUGCUAUAGACAACAUUGGAGAUGCAGGUGUGGUGUUAGUUUUUCCUGCACGGAAAAAUAACUCUGAUGGGGUGACAGUUAGCAUAACCUUACCUGAAAAUCACAUAUCCGAGCUUAAAUCGGUUCUUAAGAAAGAGUGGUCUCUCUCUUAGUUGUAAGGCAUCUAAUGUAAUUCAGUGUGUGUGUCAUCAUAUGCAUCAGGGUAUGCAAACCUUAGGGCUAAUAUGUGUUGCCCAUUAUCUAAAUAAAUCCUUUAGGAUUUUUUUUAUAGACUUUGUAUGUGAUUUCUGGAUUGUUAACAAUGAUCCAUGAAUUAAGAUGUUUUGCAUUGUGCUUGUUUUUAUGUA